CUUCCUCUUUGUAGGGUAUCGAACGUUGUAAACAAGGUUGUAUACAACGUUGUAAACAACGUUGGAAGCAUCGUGUGGGACCCGCAUUAAUAGUAUCUAUCUAAUAUGUCACACUUGUGUGUCAAGCAAGCGUCAAACUAGGUAAUGUUUGGAUUUGAAGGAAAAUAUCUGAAAAUAUCCUAUUUUUUUGCCAAAUUCUCUAGGAAAUUAAUACUAAUCUCAGGUGAAGUGCGAAGCCAUGGAUAAAAAACAUCAAGUUAUUAGUUGAAAAUGUCAUCGGAUAGUUCAGAUGACGAGAAUAUCGAGUUAUUUUAAGAAGCACAAGACAGCUAAUUCAUAAAUGACUAUGUUUAGAGUAUAAAAGAGAAAAAGGUAGCUGAAAAGAUUGAAUUACUAGCCUCUUUGCGAAAGUGUAAAGACGAGGAUGACAUCCCUGUCUCUACUGUUCUGCAAGAAGUGAGUUGAAUUAAAGAUGUCUCAUAUGCCAUCUUUUCGUCUGAAUGUUCCUAAUUUGGGGCCCGACCUGCCUCCAGCACCCUCUACAAAGAAAAGGCGGAAAAAUGCUCAACCUCCUAUCCAGCCACCUCCUAAUGUUCAGGAUUUGCUGCCACCUCCAUUGUCUGGUUAUGGAGACACAAUAGUUGCAUCAAAUCCAUUUGAUGAUUGUCCCAGCAAUGUGAACACGGGUGGACCCAUGAGGAGCCCUGUAGGGCCACCAAUGGGAAUGGGAGGUCCCGGUAUGAUGGGCAUGUAUUGUCAGCCGCAGCCGCAUCAUCGUGUCGGUCCGGGGGGCGGAGGAGGGCCAGUCCCUGGGGGCAUGUGCGGCGGCCCUGGUUCGGUACAAAUGGGCAUGGGCAGUCCGAUGAUGCAUAGCCCUGGCGGGCAGAUGAUGAUGGGCGGCGGCGGGGGCGUGCCUACUAGAAUGGGCGGUGGCGGUGGAGGGCCGCCGCCGCCCCCACACAUGGGCGGCCCGCCGCACAUGAUGCCGCAGCACAGUCCCGGUGGCCCGCCGCCCAAUCAGCAACACAACGGCCCGCCUCAGGGACAGCCAGGUAUGCCGCCAAACAUGAACAUGACAGGUCCCCCGAUGCACAGUCCUUUAGGAGCAAUGGGCGGCCCAGGAGGAGGUGGUAUAGGCGGUCCGCCAAUGGGCAGCCCUAUGGGCCAUGGUCACCAUAACGGACCGCCGAUGAAUGGCGGCGGCAUGGGCGGUGGACCGCCGCCUCCCCCUCAUAUGAACGGCCCGCCCCAGAUGGGCGGCCCGGGAGGUCCGCAACAGCAUCCGCCCAGCAGCAUGGGCGGGCCUGGACCGGGACAACAGGGACCGCCUCCGCAUACGCAGUCGGGCAUGCAGGCCAUGAACCAACAAGGAGCAACAAAUGGUCCGCAUUGUGAUCGAAUGUACGGAGGCGGAGGCAUGGGUCGUAUAUGCGGCGGGGGACCGAUGUCAAACAACAACUUUCUAAUAAACACGAGUGGCGGGGGCGGUGGUUCGGGCGGAGGUCCAGGCGGCGGCGGUGCCCCCCCCGUCCACAAUCACAACCAUCCUGCUGCAGCAGCGGCCGCCGCUGCGGCCGCAGCAGCUGCAGCAGCCGCAGCUGCCAUGUACAGCAAACCGAUGCCCGUUAGCGCGGGGAAAAUCUACCCGGCAGACCAACCGAUGGUGUUUAAUGCGCAGAACCCGAAUGCGCCACCAAUUUACCCAUGCGGCGUUUGCCACAAAGAAGUCCACGAUAACGAUCAGGCCAUUCUGUGUGAGAGCGGCUGCAACUUCUGGUUUCACAGGGGUUGCACGGGCCUGACAGAGGCCGCGUUCCAGAUGCUGACAGCCGAAGUGUACGCUGAAUGGGUGUGCGACAAGUGCCUGCAAUCGAAGAAUAUCCCGCUGGUGAAGUUCAAGCCUUAGUACGACGACAUUGUUCAUUCCCUUGUUGACAAAUUGAUAGACAGCGAGCGAAGCCAUACAUCGGUGAGGCGACCGCUAUCCUAGAGAUUACAAUUAAUGAAAAGAUUUUGCCUAUCUCUCCCUGGUUUCAUCAUACCGAAAAACCUUCACAUCUUGAGGAAGUUGAAACUGCCACUUGAACGUUUUGAAAUUAUGGUUGUAAUGUAUACACUGUCCUGGCAGCGGUUGUAGUAACUUCUUAAUUCGGAGGCUAUUUAAAGUCAAUUGGCUUGAGGAGGUUGUUGUUUAAUAAAAAUUCCAUAUUGUCCAUAUUGUCGAUAAAAUUUCAUCACUAUGACAUACGUAGAUCAAUCUUACAUCUGUCCGUUAUGUUAAUUUUUUUAUAAACAUCGAUGAACUGUCGGUUGUUCAUUGUCUGAGUUUAGAAAAAACCUGACAUAUUGAGGAAACAUAUAUAUAUAUAUAUAUAUAUAUAUAUGAGCAGUAGUCAUUGCCAAGGCAACGACUAGUUGGGUACAAAAUA